AUGCAUUUCACCACCUUCACCGCCGCCAGCAUCCUCGCUCUCGCCUCUUCCGCCUUCGCUGGCCAAGCCGCCAUCAAGAACAACUGCCCUCAAGACGUCUUCCUCACAAUCACCCGUCAAGACCAGACCUCGACGCAGCAAAAGCUAGCCGCAAACGGAGGCUACUACAGCGAGAAACUCCAAGGCCAGGGAAACAGCUACGGCCUCACAAAGGACAGCAACUACUACUCUCCCAACACUGCCAAGCUCAUCUGGGGAGCUUCGGACAGCGCGGGAGUGGUUUACUAUUCGCUCAACAAUGUUGAUGGAAACCCUUUCAACGGACAGAGUGUGAAGCUCACUGGAAACCAGCCUAACUGUGCUGCUGUCACCAGUGUUGAUGGUAGCACAAAGGCUUGCUCGAACUCGAACGACUUUACUCUUACUGUGUGUUAG